AUGCUACAAGAGAACCUAAUCACAGGGCGGACACUGAAAGAUGGGAAGGACAUCUUCGUCUUUAAUAACUACGGCAUUUGGCUAGUGAAGUUGUCACAUUUGUGCUUCUUCUUCCUCCUUAGUGUGAGGAAUACCUUUCACUUCUCACCGAACUUGGUAUUUCUGGUUCUCUUCUUCGGUUUUUUUAUCAUUUGUUUUUUCUUUUGCAUGAGUUGGUACAGCUGUUUCCGCUUUAUAAGGCAAAUAAGGAACGAAGAGCUAAUCGAUGAAGAACUGAACCCUUCCAUGCUGAACGAAAUAAUUCCUCAGAUUUUCUUCUCCGUGUGCUCCUUUCUGUUAAUAAACAUACUUUACUUGGGACAUCUGAUAAUUUACCUGAACGUUCAGAACGACGUCAUUCCGGUCCCCACGGAAUCCUUAGUGAUUUUCUUUUUGUUUUUUUCCAGCUGCAUAUUGUAUGGGGCCCUCUUCAAGUAUGACAAUUCGGUGGGUAUCUUCCUUCUCGGAGCCAACGGAAUAGCCACUCUGGUGCUUUCCUUUUACCAGGAGAGCAUCCUCCUUUUACCCUCCCUUUUAUGUACCGGGCUAUACCUAGCACACCUUAUUCGGAGGAACAGACGGGACAAGUUGUUUUAUCGGGACCGGGAGGGGGACUACGUGCAAAUACUCAUGUGCACAUGCGCGUCAGCAUUUGUUUUACUACUACUGAAGAACUUGAGUCUGAUUACCUCCCAGUUUUUCUCCUUUCUGUUGCUCCUUUCGACCGUCCCCUUUCUGUACGCUGACCUGAGUCUCCAGAAUAUCGAAUUGAGGCACCAAUCGAUCGAAAAUCGAAUCAUGCACACAUAUGUAUCAUCCUUUCACUCUAGCAAGAAAAUCCCAGGGACCUUGAGCUGA